AAGUCGUAUUAAAAAGGUCAAUUUGCCCUUUACUACAGGGAAAAAGGUACAUCAUGGAGUUUCUCAUUUAUCUGAAAUAGUGAGAGCUCAAACCAUAAACCCUGCAAUUUCGGGUAAGAUCUCCAGAACCUAAAAUUUAGCUUUGGAUUUUUGAACAUUUAAGAAGGCAUAUAACCAUAUAAGCUGCCUUCUGGCACAAAUAUAAAGGCUAGGGCCCAAGAGAGGAACCUGCCUAUGCUCUAUGAGCUUGUAUUUCAGACUUUUCAACUGGACCACCUUUAUCUGUAAGGGUAAAAUGAUAACAACCAAUCUAUCCACAGACUUCUGUUUUGUAGUGCUCACCUUGAUAAUAAAUAUCCACCUCUGGUUUCUUCUCGGAUGUAGAUGUGUUUGAAAUCACAGCCAAAUGUCUCAUCAUUUAAACCAGACAACAACCCAGAAGGAGAUGGAAUCGUCGCGCAGAAAUUAAGUCAUUUGGGGUUGAUCUCCCCUAAAUUGAUAAAAAAACGAAAGGGUACAUAACUUUCAUGGUUCACUGUAAGACCUUAGGGGUCAUGAGCCAGGGGGAGUGAGACAAAAAUAAAGAAUUUUCUUCCUGGAAUCUGAGGUGGUUAAUAAAUAGUUUGGAGGUUGAUGGAGCCCACAGUGUAGUUCUCCACCUUGAAGUCCAACCAUAUCCACACUCUCCCAUCUAGUUCUCUCCAGUUCUCCCUCUGCAAACCAAGACUUUGCUGGGUAUCUCUCCAUUCCCUUCCACCAAUCAAUUGAAAUUCAAAUCAAUAUUACAAGCUUUGUCACUGGCUCUCUCUCUUGGAUCAACAUCUACUUCAAGGCUCUAUCUCCAAUGCCAGGAACCAUCCAAGUUUCAGUUCUGGAUUUCACGGGCCUGCCUUCAUCAUCCCCUUCGUCAAUUUCCAUAAAGGUUUCCAUGGGAAAAAGAGAGUACCAGACUUGGGAUAAGGGAGAUUUCUCUUUCCCUUUAACUACCCUUCGGCAGAACUUGACUGUGACUCUACAGGAUGCUGAAGGAAAUGAAAUAUCACAUGCAGAAAUUGAUACCAUGUUGGUGGUUCAAAAAGGUUUGUUGGAUGACACUUUUCCCCUCAAAGGAGGUGGGCAUGUGCACAUGAAGUUGCAGUUCAUCCUUAGUGAAGAAGAGCGCAAUCGAAUCCGUAUAAUGAGAGAAUCUGCAUUGAAAAAGAAACACAGUGGGCUUUCAGGAACUGCUAGUUUGUCAUCUUUGUCAAUCAACAAGAAAGUUUCAGAUUCACAAAGAGGCCUCCUUCACACUGAAACAGAAAGCAUCAGAGAGAUUGCUAGCCAAGCUGGUCUGGAACAAAAUCCUGUGAAUUUGAAUGGGGAGCCACAAUCUGGUGCUGAUAAGAUAGAAGGAACUCAGCUUGAUGACAGUUCAACGAUCCUAAAUGAUACAGAUAGAAGUGGAGAGAGUUUGUUGACAGCAGAAGUUUCACAGGAGGCUGGAGCCCACCAUCUAACUGAAUUAAAACACACAGAUUUAGAUGAGAAAUUUGAGGCUCAAUCACCAUUCUCAGAUUUUCCUGUGAAGCCCAUUUUUUCAGAUGGAACUUCAUCUAUGUCAGGAUGUUUGGAAUCUGUUACCACAGAUAGUAAUUCAGCUUCUCCAAGGCUGGAGGAAAAUCAUGCUGACAACACUGAGAAACAGAGUUCAUUGAGGAAAACUCCCAGUAAUGUAAGGAAAAUGAUAAGUGCCUUUGAAAAUAGUCUAACUCAGGAAAUGGGGCAUCGUGUUGCGCCACCAGUUACGAAAUCUCAAUCAACCAAGAGUUGGAGGGAAGUUCUUUUAAGGGGUCCACAAAAAUUAAAGGAAACUGAGACAUGGAACCCUAAAGUGACACAAUCAACUUCAGAAGAGGCUAAAGACUUUGUGCUUAAGGGUGAGUUUCAACAAACUGCAGCAUAUAUCAGAAAAAGAGGAGAGCAAAUUGAUUCUGAUAGAGCUAUGGAUAAAAGUAAAGCACCCCUGUAUGCUGGGCAGUCAAAGGAGCUAAGUGCAAAACACAUCCAAUCUAAAAAUGAGACGCCCAGUGAUAAAAAUAGACAAGUACACAAAAAGGAAGAGAGAAAAUCUUUUGAAAAUUUGAUUAAAAAAUUCCCAAUUGAAACAGCUACAGCUUCAGGAGGAAUAUUUAAUCGUCAGGGUAGGCUUCAACCUUCUAAUUUGGUCACUGAUGAGAGAGAUUCUGGUGGCACUUCAGUUAUAGAGAAGGAUGGAGUAGGAGUUCAAUCAAGAUUUUCAAGUGAGAUCAUUAGUCAGGGAGGUACAGAGAAUACACCAAAACCAGUACUAUAUUGUAAAGAUGAGAACUUCAGCUUUGAAAGCUGUGGCAGCUGUAUAUUCCUAGAUGAUACAAGACGCUUGUGUAUAACAACCAGCGAUAAACAAGUGAUGAAUGUAAUGGGAGGUUCCCCCACUGAAGUGGAUAUCCAUCAAAGAAAGCUUAAGGUGCAUGGAAGCUCUGAUAUUGAAGGGAAGCAAGCCCAGAAAACUUCUCACAGAGUGAAAAAAAGGCUUGAGAGUUCUGCAGACGUCGAACCUUCUAGAGGCCCAGUUGCACGGGCGAUAAAAGUUGCAAUAAUGGCAGGCUUUGGAACAUUUGUUUUCCUUACCAGACAAAGAAGUAGCAGAUGAAAUUAGCUUGUGAUGGGACAGAUUUUGAUACAUCACCCUAAGGCAUCAAAACUAUUUGGAUCCACCAAUUGUUUGAAUUUUUCAAAUUAUUCUUCAUUCAAUGUAAUAAUACGUGGAUGAACAGGUCUAUCUGGUCACUGAGCUGAUGUAAAUUUCUGUGGAUUAACAUGCAAAUAAUAAUUUUUUUCCAUGGGUUCCAUAGAA